UCUCUGUUUCUCCAUCUACCCUUCUCUCUCUCUCUCCUCCCCCUCUCUCCUUCUUUCCCUCUGUAUUUUUCUCCAGAGACUUCCAGUUUUUGAACACCACACUGUUCUUACCUACUGGCCCUCCACCCCACGCACACGAAGAGAGAGAACCACAGAAGCCAUGUUUCCUCUCCGUAUACCCCUGUUGGCUGUAUUGAUCAACAUAGCCCUGUGCCAGUAUGAUUACUAUGACUACCAGCCUUCUAAUGCGCUAGGACCCUCAGGGCCCCACUGUAAUCAAGAAUGCGAGUGCCCAGUCAACUUCCCCAGCGCCAUGUAUUGUGACAGCCGCAACCUCAAGUUUGUUCCCGUUGUCCCAUCAGGGAUCAAGUACCUGUACCUCCAGAACAACCAGAUAGAAGAGAUCAAGGCAGGAGUGUUUGAUAAUGUUACUGAUGUACUUCGCUGGCUGGUACUUGACAACAACCAGAUUACCAGUGGUAAGAUAGCAAAGGGCACAAUCGACAAACUCACAGCCCUGGAGAAGCUAUUCUUCAGCUACAACAACCUGACAGAGCCAGUCAUCCCUCCUUCAAAGUCCCUUGAUGAGCUGAAGAUCAUGCACAACAAAUUGUCCAAGUUCCCCUCUGGACUCUUGAACGACAAGGAGAAUUUGACCUCCGUCAACCUUCAGUUCAAUCAGCUAACCUCCGAAUCUAUCGCAGGGGCAUUCAAAGGGCCAAAGAAGCUGCUGUCCUUGGAUGUGAGCCACAACAAGCUGAAGAAGCUGCCAGCUGGAGUCCCCAGUUCACUGGAAAUCCUCUAUGCUGACUACAACGACAUUGACAGUGUCGGAGCAGGAUACCUGAACAAGCUGCCCGCACUGCAGUACCUGAGGAUCUCCCACAACAAGCUGGUAGACUCUGGACUCCCUGCUGGAGUGUUCAAUGUGACAUCACUGGUGGAGCUGGACCUGUCUUUCAACAAACUACAGUCCGUCCCUGAGAUCAACGAGCAGCUGGAGCAACUCUACCUGCAGGCCAAUGAGAUCAACAAGAUCAAUCUGGCAAGUUUCUGCAAGUUCAUUGGACCGGUCAGCUAUUCCCACCUGAAGCAUCUGCGUCUCGAUGCCAACAACGUCACGUAUAGCAACAUGCCCCCUGACUACAGAAACUGCCUGCGCGUAGCUUCAGAUAUCAUGUUUGAAUAAGGGCCCUCCUCAUAUCUAUGACCUUUCCAUGACCCCCUUAUCUACUACUCUGGCACAGCUCAGUCCAAAGCCUUCUGGAUUUAAAUGCUAUAGUAUCCCUUCUUUUAUAGUACUCACAUGUCUUUGCACAUAUGUACUAUGCAAACCUGGGGUACUGUAAAGGCUUCUUUAUCAAUUUAAAUAGUAUGUAGCUUGAGUAAAUCAAGAACUGGGCAAAUUUUAGAUACAAUAGAUGGAAAGACAAGCUAUCAAAAUUUGCAGAUCUUUUUAAAAACAAAACGUGCAAUCAGAUUAAAUUCAUCAGCCAUCAGCCAUCACACAUUUGGCUCAGGAUAUGAAUGGAUAUUCUUAUUGUUGAAAUAAUAAAGGCAAAAAAUAAAAAAUAAAAAAAUAACCAAAAAAAAUGUGUAAAGUAAGUGACCAAAAGUUCUACAAAUAAAAAAUAAUUUGUAGUAAAACACACACUUUAAACAUUCCAAACUUGCAUUUGAUUACAUUGAAUACAGACAGAAUGGAGUAAACAAUGGCUCCAAUGUCUCAAUUCAGUUGUAACGUCAUUUUGUUGUCUGUCUUGUAUGUUCCAAUGUUUAGCAUGUAUAAUAUGAUGUGGGUACAAUAAUUAAUCCAUUGCUGUGCAAAGGACCAGCUACUAAGGACUGCAGACUCAGAUUUCAGUGUAUAAUGCCUAAUGUGAGAAAUGAUGAACAAAUGUAAAAUAGCAGUCACAUUUUCAACAUCUUGAAUGAAUCAAAGUGUUUCAAAGGAAAUGCCAUUGUUAUGUACUCAUGUCUGCCUCUGGUUUGAAAGCCUGCACAUUCAGAUUGUGCCAAGUCCCACUGAUUGACAAGAAAAAACCAUGUCCAUUUGGAAAUGACAUACCAGUUUCUUAAAGGAAUAACUUCAAGCCCAAUUUAAGUAGGACUUAGGUGUUUUUGAAGUACUUGGUGUUAAAAAAAAAGUGGAACUUGAUUAAAAGACAUUGGCAUUAUCCUUGUUAUUACUUUGCUCAAUUAAAUUUUGAGAUGAUAGUAUGACGUUUUCUUGAAAUCUCGAGUCAAAUUGUUUCUUUAUUCUAAUUCCUAGCUGUCCACUGUCAUGCGCAUUGCUGAUUUGUAUACAUUUUGCAUUACUUGCAUGCAACCAAUGGUACCAUUCUUUGAUAAUAAACUACAGCUUUUGCAGUUAAGGUGCUUUCAUUGUUACGUUGUUGUUUACCAUGUUUGAUAAAUGCUUCUUACCAAUAAGUCAACUUGGCAGCAGUGUCACGUUUAUUGAAGUCAUGUUAUUAGAAUAUCCCAUUUUGUUUAGGUAAUUUUUCAUUUCAUCAUGAUUUCUCUUGUGGCCUUUGACUCAGUAACUGGAUUUGAACUUGGAUUUACUGUGAGGAAACCAAACACAGUUGAAUAAACUAUAUUUCCAACA